AAGAGGAAGGAAGGAUAUUUAUUUAAGCUCACAAAACCAUACGAUUACGAACCAAAGUAAACAAAAGAAAGAGGCAGUUUCAACUUUGAGCUUCUCAGUUCAGGGUAAAGGUUUCUGGCGUUUGGUUCCCGGGAAAAUGUGUGGAAGAAGCGGAAAUUAACAGUGUGUUUCUGAAAGGUAUAACUUAUAAGGCAUAUAUUAUCCAGGCAUGUUCUGUUCAAGAAGCGCGUUUGUUGCACAUGGCAUUGGUAGUUUUUUUUAUGCAUCCCUGUGGCAUGUGUUUCAGUGUGAAACAAUUGAGAGGUGCAAUCCUGUCUGAGACUAAGAGAGGAUACUUGAAUGCUUUGGGAAGAAAUAUGAGGUUUAGUAAUUUUCUCUUUUCCAAACUAUCAAAAACAUAUUCUAGUUCAAGACAUAAGUUGGCUGAGAAGGUGUUAGAUGAAGUAGAUGGUUAUGGUUUGUCAAGUACAUGUAAUCGUCCAAAGGUUCUUGACAAGGUAUCAGUUAUGAUGGGUUUUGAUGGUAUUCAUGAUUUGAAUGAAAGAGCUGACAAGCAGUCUGCUAUAAAUUAUAGAGAUGGAAAGGAUUUUGAUGUCUCCUUAGCAUGUAAGAAAUUUCCAUCUAUUGUAGUGGGUAGUUCCCCUCCAGUGAUCCUGUAUGAUGGGACCACAGAUAUCUGUGACAUGAGAAACCUUCUAGCAACAGAAGGUUAUGAAGAGUUCCUUUCUCAGUCUAUAGGCGAAGAGCAGACACAGUAUAGUCUCCAUAAAACGUGGGACUCUUUGGAUCCUGCUGAAACAAGUGUACAAACAGAAUCACCAAGAGAACCUAGUUCUUAUAUGCUGCCUUCAUCUCCUCAGCCCAUUACAUUGGUCACUGAAGAAAUAUUGAAUCAACCAGUUGCUGUAGAGGAAUAUAUUUGGUUUGACUCACAAAUUGAUGUAGCAUCAAUUGAGCAACUUCUUGACCAAACUGUUAAUUGCAUACCUGGAUUAAAAAAGAGGCACUGUCGUCAGCUGGAAGACUCUGGUUUUCACACGCUGCGGAAAUUGCUACACCAUUUUCCUCGAACAUAUGCUGAUUUACGAAAUGCUCAGCUUGGAAUUGAAGAUGGACAAUAUUUGAUUUUUAUGGGAAAAAUAUUAUCUUCAAGAGGAAUCAGAGCUAGUUCUUCCUUUUCAUUUCUUGAGGUCGUCGUGAGUUGUGAGAUUGGAAAAAGUGAAUCAAAUUUUAAGAAUGAGACUGAUGGUAGAGAUCUUAAAGAAAACAAGACAAUAUAUUUGCAUUUGAAGAAAUUCUUUCGUGGUACACGUUUCACAUUUAAGCCUUUUCUUCAAAGUCUUCAGGGAAAGCAUAAGGAAGGGGACAUCGUGUGUGUUAGUGGUCAAGUGAGGACUAUGAGUACCAAAAAUCACUAUGAGAUGAGAGAAUAUAAUAUUGAUGUGCUUGAAGAUGACAAAGAUUCAUCAUUUCAUGUGAGAGGAAGGCCAUAUCCCAUUUACCCUUCAAAAGGAGGCUUAAAACCUAAAUUAUUGAGGGACAUUAUUGCAAGUGCUUUACAAGCUUUGCCAGUAAAUGUUGAUCCCAUUCCCAGAAGCAUUAUUCAAGACUUUGGACUGCCAAGUCUUUAUGAUGCAUAUAAUGGGAUUCACCAGCCAAAGGAUAUCAAUGAGGCUAAUUUGGCUCGGAGGAGGCUUAUAUUUGAUGAGUUCUUCUACUUGCAGCUAGGCCGCUUGUUCCAAAUGCUUGAAGGCCUUGGUACGCAAAUUGAGAAAGAGGGAUUACUUGAUAAGUAUAGGAAACCAGAAAGCAGUGCUGCUUAUAUGCAGGAAUGGUCUAGUCUCGCCAAAAAGUUGGUGAAAUCUCUUCCAUAUUCUCUUACUUCUAGUCAGCUAAGAGCUGUUUCCGAAAUUAUUUGGGAUCUUAAACAACCAGUCCCCAUGAAUCGGCUUUUGCAGGGUGAUGUUGGUUGUGGGAAGACUAUAGUGGCUUUUUUGGCGUGCAUGGAAGUUAUUGGUUCCGGAUAUCAGGCAGCUUUCAUGGUUCCAACUGAGUUGCUUGCAAUCCAACAUUACGAGCACUUUAAUAAAUUGCUUGAAAGCUUAGAGGAAGUUGAGUGCAAACCUUCUGUAGCUUUACUAACAGGGUCAACACCAUUAAAACAAUCACGAAUGAUUCGUAAGGAUCUCCAAACUGGAGACAUAUCAAUGGUCAUUGGAACCCACAGUUUAAUAUCUGAAAGUGUGGAGUUCUCUGCACUGCGGAUUGCUGUGGUGGAUGAGCAACAUCGUUUUGGUGUGAUCCAGAGAGGAAGGUUCAACAGCAAGUUAUAUAAUAACAUAAGCUCCAAAGUCGCAACAGAAAAUUUAGAUGAGAGUGAGACCUCAAAAGGUGUUAAUUAUAUGGCUCCAAAUGUUCUUGCAAUGUCUGCCACUCCAAUUCCAAGGACGCUUGCUCUGGCAUUAUAUGGAGAUGUUUCCUUGACACAAAUAACCGACUUACCUCCUGGAAGAAUACCAGUAGAGACGGUCAUUGUUGAAGGAAAUGAAGAUGGAUAUGAGAAUGUUUACAAGAUAAUGCUAGAUGAGUUACAAGGAGGAGGGAAAGUGUAUCUUGUGUAUCCAGUCAUUGACCAAUCUGAACAGCUACCUCAACUUCGUGCUGCAUCUGCGGAUUUUGAAGCUAUUUCCGCCAGGUUUCAGGAAUACAGCUGUGGAUUAUUGCAUGGAAAAAUGAAAAGUGAUGAGAAAGAUGAGGCGCUAAAACGAUUUAGAAGUGGAGAAACUCAAAUACUGCUUGCCACACAAGUAAUUGAGAUUGGUGUAGAUGUACCGGAUGCGUCACUGAUGGUUGUAAUGAAUGCCGAGAGGUUUGGAAUAGCUCAGUUACAUCAGCUUAGAGGAAGAGUUGGGCGUGGAUCAAGGAAAUCUAAAUGCAUAUUUAUAGCAUCUACUUCUAAUAGUCUUGGUCGACUGAAGGUUCUGGAGAAAUCAUCAGAUGGUUUUUACUUGGCCAACGUGGACCUUCUUUUACGGGGACCUGGUGAUUUGCUUGGUAAAAAACAGUCUGGACAUAUUCCAGAGUUUCCUAUUGCCCGAUUGGAAGCAGAUGGAAAUCUUUUACAAGAAGCGCACCUUGCUGCACUGAAGAUUUUAGGUGCUUCUCAUGAUUUGGAAAAAUUCCCAGUGCUCAAAGCAGAGCUUAGCAUGAGACAGCCACUUUCUUUUCUGGGAGAUUGAAAUCCUGAUCUCAAAAGAUAAUUGGCACAACCUGUCAGAGAAGACGAAGAAUUGGAAAGUGUUCUUUCACGCUUCUCGCCAAUGAUCUCAAUCCAGUGCUUGAGGAUCCUCUCCCUAGGACCCAAUGAGAAUAGUGAUUUAAAAGGGAUUACUGGAUUAGGGAACUGGUAGUGUAGUCAUCAUUGACGUAUGUUGCCAUGGUAAGUUAUUUUCAAGGAUGGUAUGCCAUAUCUUUUUUGAAAGGGGAAUUUUGGUCUGUCUUUCAAUGAAGCUUGGAUUGGACGUACUUCAAAUCGUAUAGAUAUGGGGAAUUUUGCCAAAUUGUUUUUGUUUUGCCUACCACUGUCGGUAAAACAUAACAUGUCUGAACAAACAAGUUGUAAGUGGCCUCCCUCUAUAUUCCAAACUCAAUAUCCUAAACAUCAUUUUGUAGUUGAAGCUCUUGGAUUUGACUAGGUUUUGUACAUAUUUUUGGAUACGUGGCAUCCUAUAUCUUUGUCAAAAACUUGUUUAAUGCUAUCAUGACUAACGCCUAGGUUGGCAUUGACCGUUU